GCAGAAGUGUUCCGGCUCCACUGCUUGACUGAGCUCACGGACGUGGACUUCCGACUGAACCCGGUGGUGAAGAAUGAGUCUGAUUACCGCCUCUUUGUUGUGCACAUGCUCCCAAAGCUCAGACAGCUGGGUAGGUGUGGUGUGCUCACACCCUUGCUCAGUAGAGCCCUGACUGGUGUUUGGUACUGUCAGAUCCAUCGCACUGUUGAUCUCCCUGAAAAGGGAAGUUACUUUCUACUCUGAUGGCAUGAGUCCCUGUAUUACAGGAUGGGUCUUGUAGGAGAGCUGCCUGGGAAGGUGCCAGGGAGCCCCAUGGCCAGAGAGAAUUGCCGGGACACCAGGAGCACCGGCAUGGGCUGUACUGCUCAGACUCAUUCUGGCUUCGCUGUCUAGCUGUUUGACUUGGGCCUGUUCCUGAACUUCUGGUGCCCUGUUUCCAUGCAUGGCCCCUGGGCAUCGUCUCGGGCCCAGGUGGACGGCUGGAUUCUACUGGCUUUGCAUCUACCUGGAGAAAUCCAGGACUAGAAGUUCAUUGUGCCACACCCUCCCCCAGCCUCACAGGCAGAGCUUGCAGGUUGCCAACUGGACAAGUCCAUUUGGGAGGAUCACACCCAGGGAAGCCACAUCAAUGCCUUCCCACCUGCCUCACCACCUACCAGGAGGGGUCUUUGCCCUGAGCAGUGAGGCCACUGGCGCUUCCGAUGCUCCCUCGAGUCGCACUUCAAGGGGGGAGAGCUGGAGCAUGAGUCCAGGAUGCACUGACAUGCAGGUCACGGGGAAGGGAGGCAGGGGCCCUCAGACCCUUAGUCUCUUGUGUGAAGGGCGGUGGGAAGUGCUGGGUAGCUGGUGCAGGAAUAUCUGAUUGAAGGGUGUGGUCAUGUUCCCCAGUGAUCACAGCAUGUCCUCAAUCUGCAGGCCCAUUCACUUCUCGGCGAGGCUGGGGAUGCAUUUGAGGCAUCUCCAUCUCCUGGGUUCUGACCUAAUGACACCAAAGUGAGACCCACAUCAGACCAGCAUUUGUCAGGGAAGACAUUGCUCUACCACUAUUCCUGUGGUAAAUACUGAGCUGCAGGCAGACCACUGCCACUGUCCUGUCACUUCCAACCAGUGUCUGUAGAAACCCAUGUUCUGCAUCUCUUGGCUGUGAGUGCAUGUAUGCACAUCUCAACAGCGCAUGCAUGUCAGCUUAUCCCCUAGUCCCCUCUCUGCACGGCCUGGGCCUGGGAGCAGGGCUGGGCUGUGGGUGUGAAUAACUGACCCCCAAAGGGUCAAACCUACUUAGAAUUUCAAUGUUUCAUUUUAGUUUUUAGAUAUUUGGGAGAAAUAAGUGCUUCUGUUCUAACUUUUGACUUUAAGUAACUUAUAAAUAGUUGAAUUUGGCUCUUUUUCAGAAGCAUUACAAUUCUUAUGGGAAAUUUUUGCAAUCUUCAGUCUUAAAUCAUUUGUCAUAAAAGUUUUAGGUUCAGAAUUGUAUAAUGUUAGUAUAGAGAAGGGAAAUGAGAGUCUUGCCACGUGGGAAAGAUAUUUUCAGACAUGGAAAAGGAACAUAAUUGAAACUCAAAGUCAUCGCAGGCCUGGGAGUGGCUGAGCAGAGGCCUCAGGCCAGAGCACACAUGUGGGGACAGUUUACACUUAUCUCUCUGUCUCCCAGUCCUGAGGAUCCACACACACAGCUAGGCCGUCUCCUCUCCAGUGUGUUCAGAAACCUCACACCAGAGAUUCUUAGUGCGCUCAGUGUGGUUCGAGAACCUCGUGCAGCACCCAAAAUGUACCUUGAUGGGAGGGAGCCCAGGAGGAUGUGCUUGUGUGAACUUGGCUGUGUAUUUCUUUUCCUGCGGCAGUAGGCUGCCUCCAAAGCAGUGUCUGAGGAGUGAGCUUUGUGGGAGCAGGGCAGCCCUCUUGCAAUCAGCACCCAGCAUCCCUGAGAAGCCGCGUGUAGCCACCAGAGCCCAGCAUCCCUUUACUGGGUCUACUCGGGGCUUAUGGGGGACGCUGUGGCGCGGUCAGCCCCAAGGGGACAGAAGGCCCGGAACAAGUGGGGGCAGCCUGGUCACGUGUGGUGCGCUGCAGGGCGGGAUGGGGUGCCGGAAGGUGCACCUGCUUCAUGGUGGUGCUUGCUGGUUUCUCUGGCAUCUCUCCCCAGAUGACCGUCCCGUGAGAGAGAGCGAGCGGAAGGCAUCCCAGUUGCAUUUUGCUUCAGAGGAAUCACUCGACUCCACACAAAGCCUCCCAGCUGUUUGCAGAGGUGGAAGGCUGCACCACUCCAGAGUUAAGUGCCCUGACCCCUCAGCCAAGAAGUGCUUAGUCAUGGAUGCGGAUGACGAGGCCGUCCUGAACCUCAUUGCCGAGUGUGAGUGGGACUUGAGCAACCCUCCUAGGAGUACGAGUUCCAGCCAGAAGGAGCAAGAGGAUGACUUCCAUAGUUCCCAAGAAUCCAGACAUCUAUUGAGUCCUCACUUAGUCCAGCACCAGUGUGGGGACUCCAUAAAGAAGGGCCAUGAGAAGAGAAAAGGCAGCUCCAGAGGAUGUUGUCCAGAAAAGAGGCUUCAGAACCAGUACUGUGGAGAGCUCCCACCCCAGCAGGGAGACCAGCCCGAGGCCUGCUGCUCCUUCGGACAUCAUGUGCACUUCCUCCCACACCCAGACUGCAUAGACGUUGAGAACUCAACCUCCACUUCUCAGACGACUAGUUUGUCAACACAAAAGGUGUUAAAUCCUUUGCCUGGUCUUGAAAAGUACAGGAAGCGGAGAAUGCCUGGAGGGAGAUUCCAGGCGCCUGCAGACCAGGAAUGUCUCAGCUGCCUGGAGGAGAGUCUGAACAGGCAGAAUGGCUCUGAGAGCAGGAGCGAGAGGACCUGUUCUCACCUGGAGGCGUCUGAGUCUGAAGAGCAGAGGCCCCACAGCACGAGUGGCGCCAGGGAGGUGUCUCCCAAACUGCUCUCAGCUGUGCCACCUGGGAAGGCCAUCCUGGGGGUGGCGCUCCUAGAAUCACUCCUUGACCUGGUGGACAGGUACUGGAGUGGCUGCAAGUCCCUGCAUAGCAAUGAGGUGUUCCUGGCUCAGGCAAGACAUGUUUUGUCAUCUGUUCAAGAUUUUACAGCAACUCAGGACAGUUCGACAACUACGAGUGAAGAAAUUAACUACCUGACUCUUGAAAAUAAAUCUUUACAAAAUCACCUUGUUGAACAACAGCAACAAUAUAGUGAGAAGAUGAGUGAAGUUGUGUCGGAGCUCAAUAAUACUCGGAAAGAGAUGGAUGACUUGAGGCAACAUUUAGACAGAUCUUUGGAGGAGAAUAGUAGCUUAAAGUCUCUCUUGUGCAGCAUGAAAAGAGAAGUAAAAAAUGCAGAUGCUUCAGCUGCGUUAAACUUGCAGAUCACUGGGCUUCAAACAAAUGUGAAGAGGCUCUCGGGUGAAAUUGUGGAGUUGAAGCAGCACCUUGAACAUUAUGACAAGGUCCAGGAGCUCACGCAGAUGCUGCAGGAAAGCCACAGUUCCCUGGUCAGCACCAAUGAGCACCUCCUGCAGGAGCUGGGCCAGGUGCGGGCUCAGCACAGGGCCGAGGUGGAGCAGCUACACUGGAGCUACAAGGAGCUCAAGAAGACCAUGGCCCUGUUCCCAGUCAGCAGCACCCGCCUCAGUGGCUGCUCCUAAACCUGACCUUCCUAGUGUGGCGUGCACGUGUUUUCUUUACCUGGUGUACUUGUUGAUGAGAGUUGUUUCUUCUGUUUGCAGUUAUCUUGUGAUUUCUGAAAUGUAAUCAGGGCCCACAGUUCAGUUUGCUAAAACAUUCUAAAAAGACAGGAUUAAUCUAGGCCCUUCACAUGUUUUGAGACAAAACACUGACAUAUUUUAAGACAAACAGUUUGUUAAUUUUUCAUCAAAUGUCUUAAGAUUUAAAAAAAUCUUGUGUUUUUCUGCCUAAUGUAAAAGAGAACUAUGUAUGAUGAUUAAAGAAAAUAAUUUAUUGUAUAAUAAGCAGUUCUUAUUUAAUAAAUGAAUACAUUGUUCUAAAAA